UUAAAAAUAUUCAUUCAUCCGAGAAGCAAAAGUGUAUUCUGACAUCAUAAAAGCUAGUAACAACCAAUAGACAGUUUAAUACGCAACCGUGACGUCAGACUUACUACCUGUGACCCGAUGAUAAGUCGAAAAGGAAAGACUCGUUAUUUCAGUUCCUUAUUCAGAAGAUAUACGAACAAAUUGUCACCAUGGUCUUUAAUAUUAACUGAAGUUUAUACAGAUAAUGGAGAAAAUUCCUCCUUGGAAGGAGGCUGCAACGCUCAUAAUUGCAGCAAGGGUAACCUUGAAAGAAUUGGUGGGAGUUAGUUUAGCUAACGCUUUAUCGUCCAGUAAAUCUACGACAGGACAAUCGAGAUGCGAUUAUAGGUUAUUAAUGGUGAAAAGAAGCAAUUUGAGCUCCUUUAUGGCUAAUGCAUUUGUAUUUCCUGGAGGAAAGGCAGAGAUCAAGGAUUAUUCUCCCAAGUGGUGGGAAGUUUUUUCUCGACAAGGAAUUACAAAGCAAGAUAUAGAGAAAUUUUGUUCCAAAGUUACUGGUCCCAGACCAGAUAUGAUAAUUAAAUCCUCAACUUUAAAAUAUUCUAAUAUAAAAAACACAGAAAAUUAUCUACCUCCCGAUGUUGCUUUACGAAUAUCCGCUAUUAGAGAAACAUUUGAAGAGACUGGUAUUUCUAUUUUAACGAGAUCUUCUAUUAGAAGCGACGAUGAUUCCUCUUCAAUUUUAGAUGGUAUCGAUAUUAAAGGAUGGAGAGAUAAAAUACGGAAAGAUCCAUUAAGUUUUGUUGAUUUUUGUCUAGAAACCAACGUCUGUCCAGAUAUUUGGACUCUUCACGAAUGGUGGGAUUGGUUGACCCCUACUUCGGUUGGGCACAAAAGAUACGAUACUAUGUUUUAUAUAUGUUGUAUGGAUAAACAGCCUUCAGUAGUAUUAGAUCAAAAUGAAGUUAUUACUUUUAGGUGGGGAACGCCAGAAGAAUUUCUGGAAGAACAUUGCGUGAACGCCGCUUUUCUCGCUCCUCCACAAGUUUAUGAAUUAUCUCGGCUAAUCCAUUUUAAAAAUUACCAAAUGCUACAGAAAUUUGUUCGAUAUCGUUCUGUCAAAGGCGUGGAAAGAUGGCUUCCAGUUUUGUGUUCAUGUAAAGAUGGUGCACUUUCUCUUUUACCAGGAGAUGACAUGUAUCCAAAGAAACCUGAUUACAUAGGUAAAGCUCCGGGUAAAGACCUCCCCAAAACAGUAGAAGAACUAAGACAAAGUUGUCAACAGUUGCACAGAAUGGAGAUAUGUGGACCUUCCUGUACAACUUACAGUAACAUUAUUCCUCAAUGUAGUCAUCUCCAGCCUAAAACUUAUCGACCAUCUCAACCUAUUGUGCAAUCUUUUCUUUAAUUAUUUCUAUUUGAUUAUUUUUAAACAACAUUUUCAAACAGUUUCAGGCUAAUGCUACUAUUAAAUAUACAGUAUCGUAUUUUAUGGCAUAUAAGAUGAACCGGUACGUCUUAUAUACUAUAAAAUAAAUAUUUUCUCUAAAUAAAUAUUUUGUGUUUUUAAGAAGUUAUUUCCGUGCCUUUGGCACUAUAUUCUAAUUUUAAAAAAGUAACAAUAAUAAAUAAUAUAAUAAUACUUUUAAUUAAUUAAACAAAAACAAGUUUCUAUUCAAGAGUUGAGCUAGGUAGAUGUUAUCUCUAGCUUAUUGAAGGCCGUUUGGUAAAUUUAUGAAUAUUAACUUCAUAUAUAAUACCAAAAAUUAUUUUUGAAUAAAAGUUGCGAUUUAUAUGCCGUAAAAUACAGUAAUUAGGCUAUAUGUCAUCCGCAUAUUUCAAAAUCCAAUUUAAAUUUAUGUAAUUAUAAAAAAUUACAAAUGAGCGAUAUCAAAUAUUAAGUAAAAUUUUCCCGGAAACAUGUCUUUUAGCAUACAUUACAUUUAUUGGGUCUGAUUUUGCUGGAAUAUUUAAAUAUCAAAUUAUAAUUAAUUGUUAAAAAUAAA